ACAUUGGUCCUUCGUUUGCCGAAUAUUUCGGUCUGAGUGUAUUACGUUGGACUUAAAUAUUCGACUCGGUUAUAAUAUAUUAAAAGUUGAGUUUCGAGUUGUAAGAAUAUUUGGAUUAAUAAACAAACGUUAUUUGAGGGUUGUCAAUUGAAUACAAGUGUGGACAGGUUAUUACGGUUGAUACUGAGGUGCAUAUUAACAAGUUCAUUAGUGCAAUUAUUUUGUUAUAUACCUUCUUAGUUUUCUUCCUACUUGUUUUGAUUUGUUUAGUGUUUUACUUUGAAUUAAUAAGAUGGAACAAGCCAAAAGGUUAAUUAGUCUUCAAGAGGACAGGAUUGAACAAAUACAAAAGGCUCAAAGUAAUUAUUUGAAAACACCUAAUUCUCGAAUAACAUCAAGUUACGUAGAAACUCGCUUAGAUACCUUGGAACGUUUAUAUUGUUCGUUCACAAGGGGACACGAAGAUCUAUCGGCGUUGAUUCUUCGUGGACAAAGAAGUUCUGUCGAAUAUUUUAGUCUAGAUAGGUUUGAUGAAUUGGAUGAACUUUAUACAAUUUACAAGACUUCGUUAAAAGAAAAGUUAAUAGAAUUAAAAAGGGAAAUGAAUACAAGUAAUGCACUUAGCCCGAGAACUAGUACAAGUACAGAGAUAAAGUUACCUGCGAUACAGAUACCCACAUUUUCGGGUAGUUAUACAGACUGGCCAUCGUUUAGAGAUUUAUUCACAUCGAUCGUUCAUAAAAAUACAACUUUAGAUAAUGUUCAGAAAUUGCAUUAUCUCAAGUCUCUUGUAGCCGGGGAAGCAGAACAAUUACUGCGCAGUAUUACUAUUACAAACGACAAUUAUAUUAAAGCCUGGGAAACAUUAUAUAAUAGAUUUGACAACAAGAGGUACCUCGCAAAUAGCAUUUUCAAAAAAUUAUUUAGUUUGAAAGCAAUGGCUCAUGAAUCGGCUUAUCUAUUAAAACAGUUGCUGUACACAACAUUAGAUUGCCUCAAUAGUUUCAAAAAUAUGGGAAUUAAUGCGGAUGCAUGGGAUGACAUUAUUGUUUACAUAACAGUUUCGAAAUUAGAUCCGACGAGUCAUCAAUUGUGGGAACAACACAUAACUGCAGACAGCGAAAAAAUGCCGAGUUUUCAACAGCUACAUCAAUUUCUUGAGAUGAGAUUUAAGGCGUUAGAAAUGGUGGAAGAUAAUUCAAAGCAAGGUACAAGCACAAGAUGCAAUAUUUGCAAAGGAAAACAUCAUUCGUUACUGCAUCCCAGGAAAAGGGAGAUGACAACGGAAGAACAAGCGAAGCACGAAGAAGAACAACACACCCACGAAAAUGAAAAUAUUGCUACACAUUUUUUGAAACAACCUGGCCAAACACUGCUCGCUACAGCACUAGCCUUCAAAAGAUUUCAAUUAACGGUGAGGUCACAGGACUCGGUGAAGGGAGCAAACUGCGAACGAAGUACGCAGUCGAGUUGA